CCCCUAUCAUCUCUGCAAUUCCACCUCUCUCUCUCUCUUUCUCUCAUUCCAAUCAACAUAACGUGCUUCUGCAAAACCUUAACUUCUUUCUCUGUCAAAAACUCCGGUAAUCAAUGGAGACCGCAACACCGACCAGAAGGGUUACAAGAUCACAAACCAGAGCUGCAAUGAAAAGAACUUCUCCAAUCACCAUGAUCAGCAGUAAUAAGAAUGCAAAAACCGAAUUAAAACAACUAAACGAGAAUCGUGAUCGAUCAGCGCUUACUAGUAUAAAGAAUGAUUCGCAAAUCAAAUCUGCAACUAACAGUGGUAAUCAAUUCUCUAUGCACAAUAGCAAAAAGAAAGAACAACUAACGGAAUCAAAAGGGACAAACGAGAAACGUGAUCGAUCAGCACUUAUCAACAUAACUAAUGGUUCACCAAUUGCUGGAAUUGCCAUGGUGAACUUGAAGAGUCCUUCCUCGUUAUGUUCUAAGAAGAAGAAGAUUACUCUUUCAACGCCUUGCUCUGGAGAAACUUUACUUAGAGGACAAGUUAAAACACUCUUGAUGAACAAGAGUAAUAUGUUCCAGUUAGAAGAAGAUGGAAAGAAACAUGAAUUUCCGGAAUUCUGUUUUGAUGUGCAUCCCUUAUUGAAAACAACAUCAUUACCUACUCAAGUGACGGAACAUUAUAAGAUUACACAGAGCAAAGUGCUUAAAAUGGAUGAUGCGUCUAAAAAGAGGCUAAGAACUCGGUCACUACUGUUUGAUUUCUACACUGAGAAGUCAUCAGAAGAAGAAGGAAAAAAAGGUGGUGCAUUGGUAGAAGAGAUGUGCAAAGGGGUGAGCCAGAUGAGGUGUAAAUGAUGAAAAGAGAAUUGUGAUAGUAUUGCUUGUGAUAAACACAAAGACUGAAAAGAUAGGACAUGAAAAAAAGUACUAGAUGUAAAAUUUUGUUUUUGUUUGGCAGAUUCUUUAUUUCUUUGAUUGUGCAUUUUUAAAUUACUUUGUUGAAAUUUUUCUUGUUUGAUCC